AAAUCAAAACAAGUAAAAUGCUCUUGAAAGUUGAAAUAUGAUGAAAUAAUAGAACCUUGUAAAACAGAAAACUUCAAUUGAAUUCAAAAUUCUGAUCUUUAUGAUUAUAAAUCAAACCAUUAAUGAAUUUGAAGAAUCACUGUGGAUCAUUGAAAGAACAAAAACCAUCGUAGUACUUCUUUAUUUUGCGAAAGUGUUGAAGUUUAAUCAUGAUUUUGAAUAAGAUUCUCUUGAAGAGUGUGAAAAAUGUCUAUGUAUCCAACAGAUCCAGUUUGUUUGGUAGAAAUCGAACCAAGUUUAUGAAGACUACUGUAAUCACGACAGUUACCGGCUGUGGCUGUGCUACUCUAUAUUAUAGUAUUAGCAAUGAAAAUAAACGCCAUAUCAACGUUACUUUUGGAGGACUCAGAAGAUUUAUAAGAUCAGCGAAGAUUGGUCUCACAAUCUCUGCGGAUUAUUGGUGGUCUCUAAGAAACUUGGAGGAUACCAAUACUGAGUACUUGAAAAUUCUUAAUGAAAUUCAUCAACGAUCUGCCGAACGAAUAUUGAACGGAUGUUUAAUGAAUGGCGGCUUGUAUAUAAAAUUAGGACAAGGAUUAGUUAAUUUAGAUCACGUAUUACCAAAGGAAUACACUCAAACUCUCAAAGUAUUACAAGAUAAAUGUCUCGUUCGAAAGGAAAACGAAGUAACACAACUGUUCUUAGAAGAUUUUGGUGUUCCCUACACUGAAAUGUUUUCUUAUUUCGAUGAAACUCCGAUUGCAGCGGCCAGUAUUGCUCAAGUAUUUAAAGCCAAAACUAAAGAAGGAGUAGAUGUUGCGGUGAAAGCUCAAUAUAUUGACUUAAGAGAUCGAUUUAUCGGUGACAUCACUACAGUGAAGGUUCUGUUGAGAUUCGCCGGCUGGGUAUUUCCAAAAUUUGAUUUUGAAUGGCUAAUAAAUGAAUUACACGACCCUUUGGAACGAGAGCUUGAUUUUGUUAACGAAGGCAAAAAUUCGGAAAAGUGUGCCAAAGAUCUUAAUCAUUUAGGUUUUGUAUAUGUUCCGAAAGUAUUUUGGGAUAAAAGUAGUCAUAGAGUUCUCACCACAGAAUUCAUAGAAGGAAUAAAAAUAAAUGAGACUGAAAAAUGUUUAAAUGCAAAUUUUUCUUUGGGUGAUAUCGAUACAAAAUUAUUUACCAUGUUUGCCGAACAAAUUUUUCAUACGGGAUUUAUUCACGCUGAUCCACAUCCAGGAAAUAUUCUCAUUAGAAAAAGUAAGGAUGGAUUAGCAGAAUUGGUACUCUUGGAUCAUGGUUUGUAUGAAACAUUACCAGAAGAUAAUAGGAAUAGUUUGUCCAAUUUGUGGCGCUCGGUUGUGUUGAAUGAUCACGCUGAUAUGAAAAAAUAUGCCAAAGAGCUUGGGGUAGAUGAAGAACAUUACAGAUUAUUCUGCAUGGCUCUGCUGCAGAAAUAUAUUCCGACGGAAAAAAAUGAAGACGAUAUUUUAGCAAUGUUCUUCAAAAUGGGAGGCCGAUCUUUCAAAUCCUCCUUCUACAAUCUGUCAAAACAGGAAAAGGAAAAUUUGAGGAAGAUAGGUGAUCAAAUUCAUGACCGACUUAUGGAAAUUUUCAGACGUCUACCAAGCAAAAUGAUCCUUGUAUCUAGGAAUUUAAACGCUGUUAGAUCGAUAGCCAGAAUACAUGGGAAUCCUGUAGAUAGACAUAAAAUCAUGGCCGAGUGCGCUGUAAAAAAAUUGUUCAAUCAAACUGGGGAGUUCUCUGUUAUGAAAUUCGUACGAAAAUGUGUAUUUCAAUUUAAAUUAUGUUUGGAUACGUUGAGAAGAAUCGUCCUGACAACAGUUCUGAAACUUCUUCGAAUUGAUGUGUUAUAAACGAAGCGUUCAUCAUACCAAGGUCGUGUCAUUACUGAUAUAUAAUCAAAUCAUGUAUUUUUCAAUAAAUCAGUUCACGAACUCUUGUUCAAA